GUGCUGUAGGUGAAGCGCGAGAUGAACGAAUGGUGAAUGGAUACCUGGCGAUUUAAAGGGUCCCUUCUCAUAGUAUCAGCAGACUAGCAGAGACUGAGGCUGUGACAUGACUAUCAAAAGUAUAUCAAUGCCGACGAUAGGCGUUUCAAUAUGUGUUGUUAUAGUAACGCCAGCUUUAUGGUUAAAAGUGAUAUAAUCUUCAAUGAAAAGGCAUUGACGUGGACUGUGUGGUCAUUUCUACUGGCCGGAAUCGAUCCGCUAUGGUCACUUUUACGGACGCAUUCCACAACUAAUAGUUUAGAUUCAAAACGAUAUUUUAGACAAUGGAUGGACACCACAACACAACAGUCAUAAAUGCAUUUUCUAGGAAUAAUUCACAAGGAAAGACAGAAGAAUCACAUUUAAAUUUAACAAAGGAUUCGAUAGUUGGAUUGACUACGUUGUAUGCCGUAACAACUUUAUUGUCUGUUAUCGGAAAUGCUUUGGCGGUCAUUGUGUUCGCUCGGGGUAAACGCUCACGGACAGACUUACGUCCGUUUCUCAUCAACCUGGCAGUUGCCGACUUACUGAUGGCAAUAUUCUGUAUGCCAUUUACGUUUGCGGAUGCUAUUUUUCAAACAUGGAUAUUUUCAGCGCCCAUGUGUCCCAUAGUUUUAUUUGUCCAGUUACUUUCCGUAGCGUCAAGUGUUUUUACGAACAUGGCUAUCGGUAUAGAUCGCUUCCUGGUCGUGACGUUUCCUUUACGCUUACGUUUCACGCAAAAACGUGCAAAAUACGUGUUGUCAAUGAUAUGGCUAGCUUCGAUCAGUCUGGCGUCUGUUCAGUUGGGCGUAGCCAGGGGCCACUACCUAGAUAAACAGACUCUGAUAUGUAACGAGGUAUGGCCCUCCCCUAACUCCCGUAGGGUCUACACCAUUUUCGUUCUCUUAUUUACUUACGUCAUUCCUCUCAUUAUACUCGCCGUCACGUAUUCCAUUGUGGGGAUUUUACUCUGGAAACGAACUUCUCCAGGAAACAGUGAUCACUUCCGGGAUUUCCUACAAUGGCGGUCAAAAAUCAAGGUUGUGAAGAUGCUGGUCAUUGUCGUUGCCAUGUUUGGUCUGUGUUGGCUGCCAUUACAUAUAUUUAUCAUAGUAACAGACUUCUAUCCCGAUGUACUCAACUACUCUUCCGCCGAGGACGAAAAGACCGUGCUUGGGAUUUAUCUCGGUUCUCAUUGGCUUGCCAUGUCGAACAGCUUUGCUAACCCAAUCAUUUAUGGUUUUACAAAUGAAAGUUUCAGGGCCGACCUUUUAACCCUGUUCUACAUGUGGUUUCCGUGCUGUCAUUGUAUAAAAGAUGUACUCCGAAGAACAAACAGCCGUGUCACGCGAGACAGCGUCGUCUUUCGGCGACUUAGUACUUUACGAAGGAGCGAAGGAAACAUUAACGAUUUUAAAAGGAACAGGUUUCCAAAAAGAGUAUGGAGCUCUUUAAGGCACGAGGACUUAAAAAAGAAUCAAGUGAUGUCUAGUAGAGAGAGAGCCGGGAGUCAGUGUAACGUCAUUCUGAAUUCACGACGCCACACUAUUUGUAAAAUAGUUGUUGACGUCAUGGAGAUAUCAGAAAUGGAGAAUGCUUCCGUCAUACAUGAAUCUAGCCAAUAAUUGAAAGCAGAUGUGAUUACAUAAGAAAAUGAAAAAAGGAAUAUAGAUAAUGAUCUAUAUGUUAUAUAUAUUUGUUUAUAAUAUAUAUUGUUUUUAAUAAAAUGUAUACUUUUCGUUCUUCACA